AUGAGCCCCGCGCCGCCCAAGCCCCUCGGCCGCAAUGCCGCCGCACGCCCGCCGCAACCCCCUCCCCCCCCAGGCCCCAACAAAAACAACACAACCAUUAACAGCACUGCUAUAGACACUACCGACACCAUCAAUUUCACCAAUAUCAUCAAACGUAUCCCUUUCAUCACCGCCAACAUAACUUCUACCAAUGCCAACAUCCCUUCCACCACCGCUAAAGACACCACUUCCACCACUAUCAACACCUCUUUUACCAACACCAUCAAGCGAGCCAUCACUAACAACAUCACCCACAACCGCCCCCCCCCCCGCCCCAGCCGCGUCCUACCUGUCCGCAAGCACUUGAAAUUCAUAAUCACUUUAUCCUUAACACCUCCACCAGGCAGGAGAUCACAACCGUCAAUCACAACUUCUCACAACCCUUCUACAAACCCUCUGAACUCGCAACCAGGCCUACAACCAAGCCACGACUCCCGCCUUCGCCACAACCAUACACCCACGGCAUACAGACAACCAAUGCCCAACCGCUACACUACGACCCAAGGAAAGAUAGGGUGCAGGAGAUCACAACCGUCAAUCACAACUUCUCACAACCCUUCUACAAACCCUCUGAACUCGCAACCAGGCCUACAACCAAGCCACGACUCCCGCCUUCGCCACAACCAUACACCCACGGCAUACAGACAACCAAUGCCCAACCGCUACACUACGACCCAAGGAAAGAUAGGGUGUUAA